AUGGAGGCGUCGACGUGCUCGCGGUGCGCGGGCGCGGGGUCGAUCGCGGCCUCGGAGGGGUUCAGCGCGUGCGAGGCGUGUCGCGGCACCGGGAAACGGGCGGGAGACGCGUGCGGGGCGUCGUGCGGGCACGAACACGAAGCAUCUCACGGAGACCGCGCGACGCGGCGACUCACGGCGUCGAGCACGGCGCGAGCGCUGUUGACGCUGCCGGUGAAGGACGCGAACGAUGGAGCGGUGCAUUUGGACGCGACGAAGCCGCUGAUGAUCGCGUACUUCUCGCGAGAUGGGUGCGGGGCGUGUAAGCUCUUCGCGCCGACGUUGGAACGGUUCCGGGCGGCGAACGCGGACGUCGUCGACGUCGUCGCGAUCGCGUGCGACGGAGAGAACGCGUACGAGGAUUUGAGGGAGGAUAAAUUCUACAGGUGCGCCGAUGCGAGCGAGACGUUCGAUCGAUCGAGGACGCUGAAUCCAAUCUUACGGGCGCUCGGCGUGAACGUGCUGCCGACGGUGUGCGUCGUGCAUAGAGAACGAAUGGAGGUGUUAACGACGUGGGGACGGACCGUGCUCACGCUGAAUCCCGGAGGCGCGCGACAGCGAUGGCUCAACGGUGACAGUGGCGUGAAUCCGUUCGCGGAGAGUUUCAGAGGGGCGCAGAGGAUGUUAUCGGCGUGCGCGUACGCCGGAACGUGA